AUGUUGAAAAGCAUCUUGCUUCCCCUAACAAGCCUUAAUGAGAAACUUCAUCACCGAUUCAAGGGAGGAUCUGCAAUUAAAAUCACGAAGAAACUUCAGGCAAGGUCGGGGAAAUCGGUGUUGGCCAACUUCGUUUCGGAAAGCAUAGAAGGGAUUGGCGGCUACAGCCCGACACAAGGUGUAAGGAUCCUGGAGUAUGAGAAGCCAAACCUAAACGGUAGCAGCAAGGAAGCUGGGUGUCGGUUUGAGCUGUGGGAUUGCAGUGGUGAUCAAAAGUUUGAAACAUGUUGGCCAGCUCUGAUGAAAGACACUCAUGGUGUAAUAAUAAUCUUCAAUCCUGAGCUGCCCAGUCACCUGAAAGAAAUUGAAAUGUGGUACUCCUGUUUUGUGCAGCAGCAGCCCCUGCUUGACAACCAGUGUCUCCUGGUUGCACAUCACAAGCCAGGCAGCUCAGGGGACACAGAAAAUCUGUCCUUGGCUUACCCACUGAACAAGCUAAAGCUAAUACAUUCCAACUUAGAGGAAGAUCCUGAAGAUGUUCGGAUGGAAUUUAUGAAAUACUUCAAAAGCAUCAUCACCUUUAUGAAUGAGAGCAGAGAGAGGGAAGAGAUGUCAAUUAUCUCAUGA